UGAGUUUCGAGUUUGUGUCUAUUUAUGUUAUAUCUGUAAUUUAGAAAAUAGAAACGUUUAUUUAUUUUGACCACAGUAGACCUACUACCGUACGUAAACAAGCUUCGUUGUUUCCACUUCUGGACUAAGGUUAGCCGAAGAUGGGCGACCGUUACAACAUCCACAGUCAACUAGAACAUCUGCAGUCCAAGUAUAUCGGCACAGGUCAUGCUGACACCAACAAGUUUGAAUGGAUGGUGAACCAACAUCGAGACUCGUUCUCUUCCUACAUGGGUCACUUCGACAUGCUCAACUACUUCUCUAUCAACGAGAACGAGGCCAAAGCUCGAGUCAGGUUUAAUUUAAUGGAGAAAAUGCUGCAACCUUGUGGACCCCCUCCUGAGAAACCAGAAGAUUAACUUUUUCUGCUGAUGUCAUUUUCUAUUUCUACAGCCAGAAGAAAUAGAUUACAGCUCUGUAUUUUGUAACAAGUGUAUUUGGAUCUGUAUGUUGUAAGGAAGUUUUAUUCAACUUAUGUGUUAAUUUGGGUUGAAUAAAAAGUGAUUUUUA